UCCGAGGGGCUGGAUCGAAGCAGCAGUGACGAGUCGGAAGAAGACGACGAGCCUGUCAGCAUGGUUGCUCGAGCUCGGACGGUGGCGGACAAUUGGGUGGAGUAUGAUGUGGGACAGAUUGUCGUGGAGGACGAGGAUGAAUUGGGUGAAGUGGAGCUUUUCUUCUCGCUACAGGAGAUCGUCAGUGGCACUUGGAAAGGUGGACUUUUUAUUGACGGGGUCAUUGUCCAGCCCAGUCACCUCAUUGUGGAGUAGGGUUCUUGAGGGCGCUUCCAUUCCAGGAUCCAGCGCCAUGGAUAGCGGAGUUGCCGAAGGUGCUGGGAAAGUGUACAUUGAUGGCAACAUGCUUGCCGUCAAGGCUCUUGCAGCAGCAGGAGUGGAGACCAUGUACGGCGUCGUUGGCAUUCCGGUGACCUCUCUCGCGACUUACGCCAUGAAGGUUGGGAUAAAGUUCAUCGCUUUCCGGAAUGAGCAAUCAGCGGGAUAUGCAGCGUCAGCAGCUGGUUUUCUGACUGGUAAACCGGGAGUUUUGCUCACAGUCUCGGGACCAGGUUGCGUGCACGGGCUUGCGGGUCUGAGCAAUGCAAUGAUCAAUACGUGGCCCCUGGUGAUGAUCUCUGGGUCCUGCACGCAGAAGGAUAUAGGGAAAGGUGACUUCCAGGAGCUUGAUCAGAUGGAAGCUGUGAAACCGUUUGUCAAAUACUCGGGCAAGGCUAGCCAGAUUUCUGAGGUUCCCGAGGUCGUAUCUAAAGCUUUUCAAGUCGCUCUGGAAGACCAGCCGGGAGGGACAUACAUCGAUCUUCCUUCCGACGUUCUUCAUGAGAACAUUUCCGUCGAGGAGGCCGAGAAGUUGCUUGCGGGGGUGAAGGCUGCGAAGCCGAUGUUCUCUCGCGAGCUGGAGUGCCACUGUUCCGAGUCAGACAUUCAGGAGGCGUUGUCUCUACUCCACAAAGCCGAGAAGCCGCUGGUGGUUUUCGGGAAAGGUGCAGCUUUAAGCCGUGCGGAAGGUGCGAUCAAGCAGUUUGUCGAACGGUCAGGAAUACCAUUUCUAGCAACACCAAUGGGCAAGGGAGUCAUUUCGGACACGCACCAUCUUUCUGCUGGGGCUGCUCGUUCGCUGGCACUCCGUGAGAGUGAUGUUGCACUGGUAAUUGGAGCUAGAUUAAACUGGCUACUACACUUCGGCGAGCCUCCACAGUGGUCCGAUUCCGUUAAGUUCAUCUUGGUCAACACUUCUAAAGAGGAAAUGGAACUACGACGCCCGGCUGUGAAACUCGUUGGCGAUGCAAGGAUGGUUAUGACGGACCUAAACAAACAGUGGAAGGACUCUCCUUUCUCUCUAGGCGACAAGCAUCCUUGGGUGGAGAAGUUGAAGAACAAAGCCAGUGACAGCGUCGAGAAGAUGGCUGCGAGGCUGAAGCAGGACGUCGUUCCUUUCAACUUUUUGACUCCGUUGAGGAUUAUUCGCGAUGCGAUCUCGUCUUUAGGCUCGCCAACUCCUAUCCUCGUCUCCGAGGGAGCGAACACCAUGGAUAUAGGACGGACUGUCUUUCAACAGCUAGAGCCUCGAACGAGACUAGACGCUGGUACAUGGGGAACGAUGGGUAUCGGGAUGGGCUAUGCAAUUGCCGCUGCCGUGGAAUCACCAGGGCGCUUAGUUGUUGCUGUCGAGGGAGACUCUGGCUUUGGCUUCAGUGGUUUCGAACUGGAGACAAUAGUUCGAUACAACCUCCCGAUCGUGGUGAUCAUCUUUAACAACGAUGGAGUGUAUGGUGGCGAUCGGAGGACUCCGGAAGACAAAGAGGGCCCACUCAAGGACUUCCCGGCACCGACGUCCUUCAUUCCGUGCGCUCGCUAUGACAAAGUGAUGGAAGCGUUCGGUGGCAGUGGCUACUUUGUGAAAGAGCCCAAGGAGCUGGAGUCUGCAGUGAACGAGGCAUUUGCAAGCAAGAAGCCAGCUCUGAUCAACGUUAGAAUCGAUCCAUUUGCCGGCUCGGAGAGCGGCAGAAUGCAUCACAAGAACUAAACCCGGCACAGGUUUGCGUGUCUAGUGUUUUUCACUACUACUCUUUCCAUGUAAAAUAACAGGUUCCAGGGAAUUCAGAGAGCCUCAGUUGCUUGGGCC